AUGUCCUAUCAAGAAUACGCACAUCUUCGGAAUGGGACCCCGAACGGUCGCAGCAGGGCGUCGACCUCGGACGCGACCUGGCAGCAGAAAAGGGCUCAGCGAAUGGUCCCGUUCACGACCACGGGGUCUUCUAGCUCGGACGAGAGGCCGUACGUCGGCAGCCACGUCUCCUUCAGCGCCCCUCGACCAGCCCCUGUAGCGGCCCAGCGACCAGCAUCCCACCACCCCGCGUCCCAAACCCACCACAGCCCGAACCCGAGCUUGUCCAGCACGUCGUUGAGCCCUUCCAACUCGGCGUCGCAAAAGGGCCUCUACAACUGGAAGAGGAGAAGGGCGGCGGCCGCCCAGGAGCCUCUGCCGUCCUUUCCGCCCAAGGAAAAGGGGCCCGGGGCGGCGCCUGAGAAGAAGCUGAACCUCGUCGACGUCCCGCUGCCGUGGCGGCCCGCUUACCUGCAACGCCGCGUCCUCUUGGCAUUUCUGAUGCUCUUUAUAACACUGGGCAUCGCACUUGAGGCGAUCCUCAGCCUCUCGAACCAGACCCCCGGCUUGGGCCCCGCCAACCGGCCGAUCGCCUUGCGAUACGCCUUUCAGAUGCCGCCCGUGGCCAUCCUCCUCCUCGUGGCCGGCGCGUGGCGGCGCGUUGAGUACCAGGCCAGGUCGUCCGCCCCCUGGAUGCGCAUGGCGACGAGGCCGUCCGAGGCCAGGCUCACGUUGCUGCUGGACUACGUGUCCAUGCUCCGGCCCGCCGCCCUGGCCAAGGCCGUGCGCAACCGGGACUUCCUCGUCGCCUGCGCCGUCGCGGUGUCCCUGGCCCUGCGCGGCGCCGUCGUCGUCUCGACGGCCCUCGUCGCUCCGGACCUCCUCACCGUCACGGACCGGGCCGCCCAGCUCGUGGUGACGUCGCAGUUCGUCCGGGGCGCCGGGCUCCCGCUCGACGGCGCCGGCCUGUCCCUCGCGUACGUCGCGGGUCUGCAGGAGGGGAACGCCUCGUUCCCCGACGGCGUCGGCGGCCGCUUCGCCUACCAGCGGUUCCGGUCAGACGCGCUGAGGGACGCGGACGCGCAGAUCGGCGCCACCGUCGACGCCUUCCUGCCCGAUCUGACCUGCGAGCCGGCCGCGCUGUCCGUGAGCAACAUCCGGGCCUCUCAGCAGGCGCAGCAGCUGGAUGCGAACUUUACCAUCCCGGGUUGCUCCAUCGCCGCCACCGUUUCCGGAAACGGCCUCUUGUCCGCCGCGAACGAGGUGACGCGCUUUCUCAACAUUGGCAGGGGCGGCUGUGGGGGGUCGACUGCCCCUGAGAGGCAGCGUGUCGUUGUGCUGUUUGGCACUAUAAGCAUCGACAGUGGCAGCGCAGGGACCGGGAAUACCUCGGUCCCUGUGAGCGGAUCUAUCACUCGAUCAGCCCAGCUGGUCUGCGAGCCCAAAUACACGAUAAAGCAGACGGACCUGGUGAAGGAUGACGGCUCCCGAGCCGCGGCCAAACUGGUUGCAUCCCGGCCACAGUCGCGUCAGCUUGAUGGCGUCCGCCCCUGGGACGUGGUGGAGGGUAUCUUCAACUCGUACACCCAAGCUAGCCGUCUCUUUAGCCGCGAGCUGUCCACGAACAACGGCCUUCCUCAGUUUCUUCCCACCCGCGUCGUCGUUGACCCCCUAGGCCACUUCGCGUUUGGUUUAAAACAGUUCGAGCAGGGUUCCCUGGGGACACCAGACGACUAUUUCAACAGCACCACGCUCACGGCCUUGGUUUCUGACUAUUUCCAGCAUCACGCCUCCAUCCUGGCCUUCACCUCCCUAUCUAGUGGUGUUGAGAUGCCUGUGCAGGGAACGUCGGCCGUCAAGGAGGAUCGCCUCACAGCCAAGCCCGUGGUCGUGCACUUUGUGGUCGCGCUCCUAGGACUGUGCGUACUCCUGAGCGCCCCGAUGAUUCUGUUUGCUCCGGCGAAGGGUUUCCUGCCGCGCAACCCCGGCACCCUGAUGGACACGGCUGCGCUCCUCAACCACAGCAAACCCCUGCUCCAGGCGCUCAGGGGCGCGGGCGCUGCAGACGCAGCGACUCUGCGAGGGCGCUUGGGCGGUGCCCACUUCCACACCGGCGUAGAAGCAUACGAACAGGACUACACUUCCGGACACGGCUACUUCAAAAUCCUCGGCGGCCCCCUGCGUCCCGACGCCAUGUCACCCGAGUACGCCGAGUCCGGCGGAGCCGGCGCGUGGCCGCAGCAGCUGUGGAUGCACUGGUCGCUGCGCCUGGCCUCCCUAGUCGUCAUGGCCGCCCUCGUCGCCGCCCUCGAGGCCUCGCUCCGGGUGUCCCAGUUCAACGACGGCAUCGCGACCGUGGGCGACAGCGCGCUGGCGCACCUUGUCUGGACAGCGGCCCCGACGCUCCUGUUCAUGCUGCUCGCCAUGUACGUCGGCCUGGUCGACUUCACUAUCCGGGCCAUGGCGCCCUUCGCCGAGCUGGCCCGCGGCGGGUCGUACCGCACCAUGACCACGAACCUGGUCGAUAACACGGCUCCCUUUGCCAUGUACAAGGCCCUUGCCUCCGGGAACUGGGCGGCCGCGCUCUCGACCGCGUCGCCCCUCGCCGCGUCUCUCCUUCUCGUCUUCGUCGCGUCGGCUUUCGGUACCAGCACCUUGCCCGCCUUCACAGCGGUUCAGCUGCAGACCCGAGACUUCUUUAACACCGGGGCCCAGUCGGCAGCAGCCGGGAACGUCUCAACCUACCCAGGCGUGAUGGCAUCCCUGGCUCUGGCGGGGAAUGCGUCGUACCCUGCCUUCACGUACAAAGAUCUGGUGUUCCCAAGAGUAACGCUUCCGCCAGACGUAGCCAACGAGUCACUACCCGACACCGCCAUCAUGACGGCUACGCUGCCUGCGAUCCGGGCGACUCUCCGCUGCAAGCUCUAUACGCAGUCCGAACUGAGAAUCAGCUUGACAAGCAGCUCCGCGCCCGGCAACACGAUCAACUCUAUCCGCAUCGACACCCCGAACACUGCCUCGUCAAGGGGCAAAUCCAUGGUCAUUGACAUGACCCAGGCCUUGGGCAGGACCGGUUCAACGGCGGGAAGCGCGGGCUCCGCAGACGGGAGCGCCUUCAUCGGCGCGGCGAGAUUCAUCCCCGACGGCGCCGCGGGCGGAGGGACCUGGCUCUACGGCUGGGGCCAGCUCUCCAACGCCAACACGGACAGGGCGUCGGUGGCCCCCGUCUACGCGCUCUCGUGCGAAGAGAAGAUGCAGCGGCUCAGCGCCACCCGCCCGUGA